CCUUCUCCUUCGCCUUUUCCUCCAAGAAACCCAAUUCUCGCUCCUUCAUCUCCGUCAAGGUACGAACUUUCCGUUUCGAUGCCGAGAAAAUCUUGUCGGAUAACAUUGGGAAUUGCCCAGAAAACGGAGUUGUCUGUUUAAUCUUCCGAUUCUUCGUCUCUGAAAUUGAGGGCUUUGAGUGUAAAAUUGUGUCAUCUCUGUUUGCGGGCUGUGUUUUGGUUGAUGAGAAAAUGAAGGAGAACGUGGAGAUGGAAUGAUAAUGAACAGCGAUGGAGAGAGGUGAAUCAAUGGAAGACAUUAACGAGAAAGCAGAAGAAGCCAUGGAGAAGAAGAAGAAGGUGUUCGUUGCAGGAGCAACUGGAAAAACAGGGCAGAGGAUCGUAGAACAGUUGUUGUCUCGAGGUUUCCAUGUCAAAGCAGGAGUUCGUGAUGUGGAAAAGGCGAAAACGUCUUUCAAAGACGAUCCUUCCCUUCAAAUCGUUAAGGCAGAUGUAACGGAGGGUUCGGAGAAGCUAGCCGAAGCGAUAGGCGACGAUUCAGACGCUGUGGUUUGCGCCACCGGUUUUCGUCCCGGGGUCGAUCUUUUCGCUCCUUGGAAGGUGGAUAACUUUGGAACGGUGAAUCUCGUCGAUGCUUGUCGGAAAAAGGGUGUGGACAGAUUCGUGCUCGUGAGCUCGAUCCUGGUGAAUGGAGCCGCAAUGGGGCAGAUACUGAAUCCGGCUUAUGUAUUUCUCAACGUCUUUGGACUGACGCUAGUCGCUAAGCUUCAGGCCGAGAAGUACGUGAGGAAAUCCGGCAUCAACUAUACCAUCAUAAGGCCCGGUGGACUUAGAAAUGAUCCCCCGACGGGAAACGUCGUCAUGGAACCCGAGGAUACUCUAUACGAAGGGAGCAUCUCGAGAGAACAGGUUGCGGAAGUUUCCGUGGAAGCAUUACUUCAGCCCGAGGCACCUUUCAAGGUCGUCGAGAUCAUCGCUCGGGCCGACGCUCCAAAACGUUCUUACAAGGAUCUCUUUGCCUCCAUUAGAGAACGUUAAAGGAAAUAUUGGAUGAUUGUUUCAUUGUUCUUAUAUAUGUCUUCAGACAAAACCUUAAACCAAACUUUGUGUAUGACGACGACAUAAGGAGAAACAAACGAGGUUUCUUA